UGCAAACACUUGAAAAAAAGAUUGAGGUUCCUGCAGUUCAUCAUCUUCAUCACUGAUUCAGGUCCUUGUAUUGUGGGUCGUUACCGACCAUCACACAGCUCUGCCAUUCCUCUCGACGAUGAUCAUGGAAGGAAGUGUUUCUUUCAAGCUCCACUGCGACAGAGUUACCACAGUUCUUUUCAUCAGAGAUUCUGCAGCAAUUCAGUUUUCUCUCAAAAUAUGAGAGGAUGUUCAAAUGCUCCUCUAUCCCCUCCUCUGGGUUUCGCUUUGUCAACUGCCUGCGGUACUGAUUCAGAUGAACCCGAUGACAUGGAUGACAUGGCGGAAGCCAUUACCAGUUCUACGCUGGAAAACGCAGCUUCUCAUGCUACUCUAGCCAACGAACUCGCUGAGGCAGCUAGUGAUUGUACCAUCCCUGUUGCAGCUGCUCAGAAUUUGAUUGACAUGGUGCAUUCUUUCACUGGUUUGAACUGGUGGGCUUCCAUUGUCCUGACAACACUUUUGAUACGAGGAGUGACAAUCCCACUCAUGAUUGGUAACCUCAGACUCAUUUCGUACAAAAUGAUAGUUGCAAUACGCAAGCUACCUGACUCAGAGAUUCGAACCAUGGGCAUGGAUCCAGUUACUGUUACCGAAAACGCUAGAAGGGCAAAUGAUGUGCUUCAGAAGUUAUAUACUCUUGGAGGAGUUUGUCAUCUCAGAACCCUUCUCAUUCCCAUUCAAUUGCUGAUCCAGUAUCCUGCUCUGAUUGCCAUGUCACUAGCUACUUAUGCUAUGGCAGGGAAUAUAUCAUCCUUCAAAACCGGUGGUGCAUUAUGGUUCACUGAUCUCGCAACUAUGGAUGCUUCAGGCAUUCUUCCAGUUCUAUCAGGAUUGACUGUCUUCAUUGCUGCAGAGUUUGGUGCGAUAAAAGGCUUUGAAGGGUUCCCGCGGCUUUGUCUAGCCGGUGACAUGGGCCGGUGUUUGGCGAUUCUCGUAGCUAUAGGGUCGAUGACGUUGCCAAAGGCCGUACAUUGCGUCUGGAUUACCUCGGCUCUCUUCUCUCUUAUCAGUUCAUGUGUGCUUGAGCGUCCUGGAAUCAAGAGGUUUUUGGGCAUUCCGGUGGUAUCCGGCGUCUAUGCUGGAAUCGAACGCGGUUUGUUUUGGUUUAGUUUAACUGGGUUCGGUUUAGUUUGUUUACUUGUAUUUUGAUUUUCAUAUUUCUUUGGGAAGGUUAAAGACUUUCUAAUGAAACUGGAGUCUUCAUUGGACGUUUCUUCUUCGGACAAACUGAAACAUCUUAUCAUCAUUUGCAACUCUGGUUUCCAUACAGAUUUGAAAUA